AUGGACGGGCCGGUGUCCCUACUAAUUAGUUACCCGAGCUUCUGUUUUCCUUGCCGGUGUCCACCUACCAAUGCUCGACUACAACCCACACCCAAUUCUGACCCACCCCUCAAAGUGAAUUCGGGCACGAUAUCUCCCUCACUUCCUCCAAUCCGUUUUCAACCCUUGGAUUUAUUUUAUUUUCAUCUUUGUCUUUUCCCUGACAUUCCCCCCUCUUUGUGUUCUCCCCUCUCUCUCCCCCCCUCUUUGUCUCCGUUCCCCCUCUCUCUCCCCCCUCUUUGUCUCCUUCCCCUCUCUCUCUGUCUCCUUCCCCCCCUCUCUCUCUGUCUCCUUCCCCCCUCUCUCUCUGUCUCCUUCCCCCUCUCUCUCUCUGUCUCCUUCCCCCUCUCUCUCUGUCUCCUUCCCCCCUCUCUCUGUCUCCUUCCCCUCUCUCUCUGUCUCCUUCCCCUCUCUCUGUCUCCUUCCCCUCUCUCUCUGUCUCCUGUCCCCCUCUCUCUCUCUCUGUCCCCUCCCCCUCUCUCUCUCUGUCCCCUUUCUCCCCUCUCUCUCUGUCCUCUUUCUCCCCUCUCUCUCACAUCAAAGAAUAAUCUUUUUGUACGUCUACUUAAACACAUAGACCAGAAUACAUUUGUUGUAACUGCUUUUUUUUUCUCCUCCGUAAAUCUGUUUCUCAAAAGGGCAGCCAUUGCUUUAUUCCAAUAUUUACCUUUUUUUUGUGUUCGAUUUUUCUCUCUCGCCUCCAGCCUCAAUACCACCUCCACACAGCCGCGUCCACAAUUAUUCUUUGGAUUCCGUUUUCCUAACACCUUAAAUUAUUUCUUACAUUCUCCUCCCACCACAACCCUAUGUUACUCAUGUCGAUACUCUCUCUCCCUCCUCACUCUCUCUCUCUCACUCCUCCUCCUCUCUCUCUCUCUCUCUCCUCCUCUCUCUCUCCUCACCUCCUCCUCUCUCCUCUCUCUCUCCCCUCUCUCUCUCUCCCUCCUCUCUCUCUCCUCACUCUCUCUCUCCCUCACUCUCUCUCCCUCUCUCUCUCUCUCUCUCUCUCUCUCCCUCUCUCUCUCCCCUCUCUCUCUCCCUCUCUCUCUCUCUCUCUCUCCCUCUCUCUCUCCUCUCUCUCUCCUCUCUCUACCUCCCUCUCUCUCCUCCCUCUCUCUCCCUCUCCUCCUCUCACUCACUCUCACUCUCUCUCACUCAGCUUCCGAAUUAUUUUCCUGUAUCUCUCAACUCCUUUCUUCUUCCUCUUCUCUCUCACUCCCCCUCCCUCAUUGUUUCUUUCUCUCUCUUUCUAUCCUCCACUUCUUCAACUUUUUGUUUACUUUCAAUCAUUUCCGUAUGACAAAACACGCACCUGUUCAGCUUUUCGCUAAUUGCUAUUCGCCUACAUUUAAUUACCGUGCGCCCGAUGACGCCAAAGGCAACGCGCUAUUUCCUCUUGUUCUCUCUCUCUCUCUCUCUUCUUUCUUUCUCAUUUUCUUUCUCUUUCUGUCUCUUUUUUCUUUCUUUCUUUCUUUCUUUCUUUCUUUCUUUCUCUUUCUGUCUUUUUUUUUUCUUUCUUUCUUUCUUUCUCUUUCUGUCUCUUUUUUUUUUCUUUUCUUUCUUUCUUUCUUUCUCUUUCUGUCUCUUUUUUUUCUUUCUUUCUUUCUUUCUCUUUCUGUCUCUUUUUUUUCUUUCUUUCUUUCUCUGUCUCUUUUUUUCUUUCUUUCUUUCUUUCUUUCUCUUUCUGUCUCUUUUUUUUUCUUUCUUUCUUUCUCUUUCUGUCUCUAUUUUUUUCUUUCUUUCUUUCUUUCUUUUUCUUUUUUUUCUUUUCUUUCUCUUUUUUUCUCUAUUUUUUCUUUUUUCUUUCUUUUUUUCUUCUCUAUUUUUUUCUUUCUUUUUUUUUUCUUUCUUUCUUUUUCUUUUUUCUUUCUUUCUUUUUUUUUUUUUUCUUUUCUUUUUUCUUUUUUUCUUUCUUUCUGUCUCUUUUUUUUUCUUUUCUUUUUCUUCUUUUUUUUUUCUUUCUUUCUUUUCUUUUCUUUCUGUCUUUUUUUUUCUUUCUUUCUUUCUCUUUCUGUCUCUUUUUUUUUUUUCUUUUUUCUUUCUUUCUCUUUCUUUUCUUUUUUUUUUUUUUUUUUUCUUUUUUUUCUUUCUUUCUUUCUUUCUUUUUUUUUUUUUUUUUUCUUUUUUUCUCUUUCUGUUUUUUUUUUUUCUUUCUUUUUUCUUUUUCUUUCUUUUUUUCUUUCUUUCUUUCUUUCUUUUUUUUUCUUUCUGUCUCUUUUUUUUCUUUCUUUUUUUUCUUUCUGUCUUUCUUUUUUUCUUUUUUUUUUUCUUUCUUUUCUUUUCUUUUCUGUCUCUCUUUUUUUUCUUUUUCUUUCUUUCUCUUUCUGUCUCUAUUUUUUUUCUUUCUUUCUCUUUCUGUCUCUUUUUUUUUUUUUCUUUUUCUUUUCUCUUUCUUUCUUUUUUUUUUUCUUUUCUUUUUCUUUCUGUCUCUUUUUUUUUUUUUUUUCUUUCUUUCUUUUUUUUCUUUUUUUCUUUCUUUUUUUUUUUUCUUUCUCUUUUUUUUCUUUUUUCUCUUUUUCUCUUUCUGUCUCUUUUUUUUUUUUUCUUUCUCUUUCUGUCUCUUUUUUUUUUUCUUUCUUUCUCUUUCUGUCUCUUUUUUUUUCUUUCUUUCUCUUUCUGUCUCUUUUUUUUUUCUUUCUUUCUCUUUCUGUCUUUUUUUUUUUUCUUUCUUUCUCUUUCUGUCUCUUUUUUUUUUUUUCUUUCUUUCUUUCUCUUUCUCUCUCUCUCUCUCUCAACUUUAUUUGA